UAACCAUCUUCCAAGAGGUUACAGAAGGGGUGAAUGCGUAUAAAGCAGCCCCAUCAACGGCGCGUUAGUGAUUCCUGUGCUUACUGUAUCCCAGAAGAAAGCGACAUUAUGCCUAGCACCACCUUACCUUAUGCACCUCAUUACGAACCUGCUCCCGUCACUCAGGAGGACUUGAAAUGGGCCGACCUGGCUGUUAUCGACUUAUCGAAAGCCAGUACUCCGGAAGGACGAGCUGAACUUGUUACACAGCUAAGCAUUGCACUUCGAAACCAUGGCUUUUUCUAUGUCAUCAACCAUGGCUAUAUUCCGGCUCAGAACGAGAGAAUGCUUGAUAUUGCCGAUAGGGCGUUUACUGGUGUGAGUGCGGAAGAGAAGCAGCUUUACGCAAGCAAUAGCAAAGAAACCGGCUCGUGGCAGGGGUAUAAGUUAAGAAACUACUGGGUUAUCGACAAUGGAGUACAUGACCAGGUCGAACAUUACAACAUCAAUCGUGAUGUUACCAAGAAGAAACACCCGGAGGCGAUUAAGCCUUUCUUACCCGAGAUUGAUGCUUUUGCGCGCUUCAACCAUCAUUUAGUAUUACACCCCAUUCUAAGACUCAUAGCGCUAAGCCUUGAGUUACCUGAGGAGGAACUGGUGAAUAUCCACGGUUUCAACGCAGUUGGAGAGACGUACGCGAGAUUUAUGAAGUACUAUCCUCGAUCUGCCGAGGAGGAAACGAAGACCAAAAACGUCUGGCUCAAAGGUCAUACGGAUUUUGGUUCGAUUACCAUCUUGUGGAGCCAGCCUGUGUCCGCUCUGCAAAUCCAGACAAAGAACGGGGAAUGGCAGUGGAUCAAACACAUCGACAAUGCUCUUGUGGUAAGCGCCGGCGAUGCGCUCGAGUUCCUGACAGGUGGAUACUACAAGGGCACGAUCCACCGCGUGCGACAGCCACCAGCAGAUCAACAGUCAUACACAAGGCUUGGACUGUUCUACUUUGCAGGUCCCGAUGACGCAGUUAGGCUGACGCCGCUGGUGGCGAGCCCGGUGCUGCAGCGCGCGGGUAUCCAGCGCCGCUUUGAGGAUGACACGGCGCCGACGAUGGAACAGUGGAGAAGGGGAAGGACAAGCGCGUAUGGUGCGAAAGAGUUGAAGCAAAGCAAGGAGGACGGGAUCGAGGAAGAGGUGAUCAAUGGCGUGCUGGUCAAGCACUACAACUAAGAUCAUCGCGAGUCGUGAUUGGGCCCCUGUCCGCUUUCUUAGUCUGUAUACCUUCGGUGGGUGCGAGAGGUCCACAGUGUGUCCUCGAACAUUACUCGUGACAUCGCGCCUGAUCAGCUUGCGGGCUUGACCUGUGUACUUGUAUUAAUCGUGUAGGCAUAUGAAUCAAAUGAACUGCAGUGAUUUGCACAUCAC